GCCACUCUCUGCAGUCUCCGCGGCCUGAAGGGAACGUUUGUAGCCUGUGGCGGCCGGAGCUGCGUGGUGUUGUCGGGAUGGCUUGGAGGUUCCUGAGAGACUUCUCAUUGGAAUUGGAUCCUGCUUUGUAUGGAGAUAGGCAUUACAAUGUUUUUACCCGUGAAUUUUAUCCCAGCUUAGAAGAUAUGGGAAUUGUUACUUCAGGGAUUGAUGAAGACAUAGAUUCAGCGGUAUUAUUUGGAACUUUGCGAGGAAAUGUGGUUGGUUUACGGUAUUAUACUGGUGUGGUCAAUGAUAAUGAAAUGGUGGCUCUCCAGCGAGAACCUAAUAAUCCAUAUGAUAAGAAUGCUGUAAAAGUAAACAAUGUGAAUGGUGAUCAGGUAGGCCAUAUAAAAAAAGAACUGGCAGCAUGCUUGGCUUAUAUCAUGGACAACAAAUUGGCAGUAGUGGAAGGGGUUGUUCCUCAUGGAGCAAAUAAUGCUUUCACUAUGCCCGUGAAAUUGAGCUUUUGGGGAAAAGAAGAGAAUAAGCAAGCACUUCUAGAAAGACUAAAAAUGCAUGGAUUAAAGUUAGCACCGCCAGGAAAAUUUUCAGGGUUUGGUUUUGAGACUGGCAGAACAUCUGGCGGAGGUAGAACUUGUUACAAUGCUCCAAGCCAUGGUGCUAUCCAAAUGACAACUGAACAGGUAUUACUACUCAUGCUUGUUAUAAAAAUAGCUGUUUUGACUCCUUUACUGCCACACCAGAAGCAAGCUUUAGCUUGGAUGAUUUUGCGAGAGAACAAUAAGGAUCUUCCUCCAUUUUGGGAAGAGCGUGAUAACUUCUUCUACAAUACAAUUAUACAUUUUGCUGAAAAAAAUAGACCAGAGAAUGUGCUCGGAGGAAUAUUGGCAGAUGAUAUGGGACUGGGCAAAACACUUACUAUGAUUGCAGUAAUUCUUACCAACUUCCAUAAUGGGAAGCCUCUUCCUCUUGAAAAGAAAGUUGAUCAACUGAAAGAGAAAUAUAUUCCUACUGCACAAAACAACUUACAAGCACUGAAUUGUGGCUUGCGGCUGAAUGCUUCCAAUUCAAAAGAGGAAAGUGACUCUUUUCCCUCACAAUCUUCCAAGCCCUAUCCAAAAAGAGUUAUGGACAAGAAAUCAAAGUACACAAUAAGCAGUGUCACAGAACCUGACCAAGAAGUUGCACAACAAAUAAAAACUAAAGGAAAAAACCCAAAAUCAAGAGCAAGGAAAAGGAAAGUAGAUGAUGUUCCUGUACAACCAAAGAAAAAUGAAGUUGAUAAUGUUAGAGGGACGCUGAUAAUUUGUCCACUUUCUGUCCUAAGUAACUGGAUUGACCAACUUGAUCAACAUGUUGAUCCAAAUAUUCAGCUAAACACUUACGUUUACUACGGCUCAGAACGGAACAAAGAUCUGACAGUACUUUCCAAGCAGGAUAUUGUCUUAACAACAUACAAUGUUUUAGCUACUGACUAUGGGACUGGAGAUAACAGUCCUUUACAUAAAUUAAAGUGGCUGAGAGUUGUGUUGGAUGAAGGUCAUACAAUACGAAAUCCAAAUGCUCAACAGACAAAAGCUGUUCUAGACCUGAAUGCACAAAGAAGAUGGAUCUUGACAGGCACACCUAUUCAGAAUUCUUUAAAGGACUUGUGGUCUCUCCUUUCCUUCUUAAAGUUGAAGCCUUUUACAGAGAGAGUGUGGUGGCACAGAACAAUCCAGCGGCCUGUCACUAUGGGAGAUGAAAGAGGGCUUAAGCGUUUACAAUCUCUGAUUAAGAGCAUUACUCUUCGAAGAACUAAAACAAGCAAAGUUAACGGGAAGCCAGUUUUGAAGCUCCCAGAACGUAAAGUAUUUAUUCAGCAUAUUACACUUACAGAUGAAGAGAGUGCCCUCUAUCACUCUGUGAAAAAUGAGACUAAAGCUGCUAUAAGCAGGUAUUUUAAUGAGGGAAGUGUUUUGGCCCACUAUGCAGAUGUUCUUGGUGCUUUGCUCAGAUUGAGACAAUUGUGCUGUCACCCAUCUCUCUGUUCCAAUAUCUCUCUAUCCAGUUCUCUAGAAGGUACUUCUGAAGAACUGCGUGACAGAUUAAUACAGAAGAUGAAGUUGGUUCUAAGCUCUGGAUCAGACGAAGAAUGUGCUAUUUGCUUGGAAUCGUUGGCUGUUCCUGUGAUAACACACUGUGCCCAUGUGUUCUGUAAGCCGUGCAUUUGUGAAGUCAUCCAAAGAGAAAAGGCAUAUGCAAAAUGUCCUCUUUGUAGAAAGGAAGUUUCGUCAGAACAUUUAAUAGAAUGCAAUUUGGAAGAAAGUCAUGAUGAAAAAAAUACUAAACAACAAUGGGUAUCUAGUUCAAAGGUCAAUGCACUGAUGCAUGCUUUGAUUGAGCUAAGAAAACAAAAUCCAGCUAUUAAAAGUUUAGUUGUUUCACAGUUCACAAAAUUUCUCUCUGUAAUAGAAACUCCACUAAAGGAAUCUGGAUUUUUCUUCGUUCGUUUAAAUGGGUCUAUGAACCAGAAACAAAGAGUAGAAGCAAUUCAGCAGUUCCAAAGCCAUGAAACUGGGUCUCCAACUAUAAUGUUGUUAUCACUGAAAGCUGGUGGAGUUGGUUUGAAUCUAACAGCAGCUUCCCGGGUAUUUUUAAUGGAUCCUGCUUGGAAUCCUGCUGCAGAGGACCAGUGCUUUGACAGAUGUCAUAGACUUGGACAGAAGCAGGAUGUUAUCAUCACCAAGUUCAUUGUAAAGAAUUCUGUAGAAGAAAAUAUGGUUAAAAUCCAAAACAAGAAGAGAGAACUUGCAGCUGGAGCCUUUGGAACCAAAAAACCUCCUACUGGUGAAACAAAAAUGAACGAAAUCAGGACUCUGAUGGAUAUGUAAUUUAAAAUAUCGGAACAAAUUCAGCUUUAAAAAUAAUUUGAUGUUACAUGUUCAGACAACAUAAUACUGAAAAUAAUAUUUCUAAUAACUGCAAGGUUUUUUUUCCCAAACAGCAAAUGAGGUAUCAUUUGUAAACAUACUUAUACUGGGCAAAUGGUCCAGAGUAGUAACAAACUUUAGUGUAGUAAACUCAAGUCUAAAUGUUCAGUUUUUAUACUAAGAGCAAAGCUUCAUUAGAGUUGAAUGUACACGGUAUAUUGUCAAAUGAUGUUUUUGAGUUUUUGAUGUAAGCACUCAAGUUGUAAAUUUUGUUGCUUGGAUUAUAUCUAUACCUGUUGCAAUUUAACUUGUAACUUCUGAAGCUUUACACACUGGAGUUUAAUGUUACUGUGUAUUAUGUUUUGUAUUGACUAUAUAUUAGCAACUGAAUAGAAAAAGGCUUACAAAUAAUGUAUAUUGGGGAAAAAUGAAGAAAAAGUGCAUAUGCCAGCAGUGGCAUUCGUGUUGGUUUUGCCCCAUGUUUUUCCAACUUAGAAGCAUCUGAAAAGGGAUUCAAAAUGUGUUCAGCUGAGACUUAGGUAACAUAUCAGGCCUGUAAACUUCCUUUAUGCCUGCAUUUCGUUUGUUUAUUGAAAAAUAAGUAAUCAUUUGAACUGUUUUUCUGCUGUUAAUAGUAUAAAACUAUUGUAUAUUUCUAGUUUGAUUUCUUGGCAAAUA